AUGCAUGUGCAGCUUAACCGCUGCGGCCAGCAGCAUACUCAGCUCAGGGAUAGGCAGCAAGCAAGAAAUGAUGUGAAAACUCAUAGAUACAGCCGCAGAUCAUCCGCUACCAUCCGUGCUUUCUGGCAGCAGCUGCUCCCCGGACGUUCAAAGCCAUCUGCGCCAUUGGGCCCCACCGAGCGACCACUGUAUCGUCCGUCGGAACUGGUUCCCCUUGGCAAACUCAAAGUUAGCCCGAUGGGCUUAGGCACGUGGUCUUGGGGCAAUCGCUUUUUGUGGGGCUACGAUGAAAGCCAAGACCCGGAGCUGCAGGAGCUGUUUAACUUGGUGGUGAGCAACGGCAUCAACAUCUUUGACACCGCUGAUUCCUAUGGAACCGGUCGUCUCAACGGCAAGAGCGAGCUGCUGCUCGGCAAGUUCACCCGCGAGUAUCCCGGCUCUGACCGAGUUCGGGACGGAGUCCACAUCGCCACCAAGUUCGCGGCCUACCCCUGGCGGGUGCUGCCCGGCAACAUGGUGGCCGCCUGCCGGGGCUCGCUGAAACGCCUUGGGCUGGAGCAAUUGUCUGUUGGCCAACUCCACUGGUCAACCGCCAACUACCAACCGCUGCAGGAGCUAGCUCUCCAGGCGGGUCUCGCGGAUUGCUACGAGCAGCGGCUGGUUCGGGAGGUGGGGGUGAGCAACUACGGCCCUCAACAGCUCAAGAAGAUACACGCGGCACUUGCCAAGAGGGGGGUGCCGCUGGCGUCAGCACAGAUUCAGUUUUCCCUUCUGAGCUGGGGUACGGCACAACAGGACCUCAAGGCGCUCUGUGACGACCUAGGUGUGACGGUCAUCGCUUACAGCCCCUUGGCUCUGGGGCUGCUCUCCGGUACGGCGGCUGCGGGUGGUCGUGUUUCCCCCUCCCCCUCCCCCUCCCCCUCCCUGCCUCCUGGCCCCCGGGGCGCCCUGUUCCGGCAGCUGCUGCCCGAGGUGGAGCCCCUGAUGCGCGUGGUGGAGGAGGUGGCGAGGGAGCGGGGGAAGACACCGGCGCAGGUGGCCAUCAACUGGUGCAUGGCGAAGGGCGCCGUCCCCAUCCCUGGCGCCAAGGACCUCCCCCAGGCCCGGGAGAACCUGGGGGCGCUGGGCUGGCGGCUGGGGCGGGGGGAGGUGGAGGAGCUGGACCGGGCCGCGAGGGGGAUCGGGAAGGGGGCCAUGGUGCAGAACAUUUUCCAAACCAAGUAG